AAAAUAUAUAUAGCCUUGUUUGAUACAGGGUACAAAAAAGUAGGAAAUGAUGAGAAGCCCAAGACGCUUCAUGCCAAUCAAUCAUAAAGACAAGAUCAAUGCAUAAAUCUGCACGGCCGGUCCGGCAGCAAUGUCAGUAUUUGAACAAACAAAUUUUUUGAAAAAGGCGGGAAUUUUAUAAAACUCAAGCAAGGUGCUCAAGGAACAUUACAUACGGAAGGAAAAAACAAAAGAACAGACGCCUAAUACAUCACCUAAAUUGAGGGUUUUUUUUUUUUAUAAGUUAAACGCUUUCCAAUUAUCCCAACCAAUUUCCGCUAGUCCAGCUCUGUUCUUUAUCCAUGUGAAUGAUACCGCCUUGACGUCGGAUAUUAGUUUAGACACCGAUGUUGACUUAUGCUUGAAGAUGAUGUCGUUUCUUGACAGCCAUAUGAUCCAGCAUGUUGCCGCCACUACCACAUAUAAACUUCUUUUCUUGACUUUGUUACAUUUCUGUGAGAGGAUAAGUUCAAAUAAUUGAACAACGCUUAGGGAAUACCUUGGCAGGGGCACAUUUGAACAAACAAAUGGCAGGCCUUUGACCACUUCAUUCUCUUUUUCUUUCUUUCUUCAUCAAUCAACAACUCCAAUGCACUAGUAUCUCAUCAUCAACAGGUUUGCUCCCAACAUGUAAGGUUUCUUACUUUCUUUGCAGCAUAGAAAAUUACCUCAUGAUUUAUUAUUGUUUACUUGCUUGUUUUGUAACGUUACAUAAACACAUCUACAUUAUGCUUAAACUCUCUUUUUAUUUUUGGAAUUCAUGUUAUAUGUACCAACUAUUAUUUAUUUAUUUUGUACACAUGUAUUACGCAGUUCUCUACUUAAAUAAAAUUGGUUUUGUAUUAAACGCGCUCCUACUGAUAAAAUUGUUGAAACAAAGACGGUCCACAAGCGUCUCAAUCUUUUCUUCUACACCAAAAAUUAAGUAAACAAUUGUGUUUACUAUUUUGAUGAUACAGAAGAACCUGAAGAAGUUGUUUACAAGAUGUUCUUAUUGAUAGUGAAAAGAGAGCAAAAACAUGGUUCACAAAGUUGAUUUAGUAAUCAUCGGAGUCUCUGUGGGUCUGGCCGUUGGCAUACUUAUAGCAACACUCGUAUUCUUCGGCAUAUGGUGGUACAAAAGACAUAAAUGCCCCUCAUCCGCACUACCUACAAACAAAAGUAGUGUUGUAGAAGACACAAGUAUUGCCUUUAACAACUCUGUUGUAACAGUUAAACUGUCAACUUAUCCUGCAAAAACUUCACCAAUUGCUACACUACUGUAUACCAAGGCGUCGGCAGCAUCCGGAUUACUGAAAUACUCUUACAAGGACGUCCAAAAUGCCACGAAAAACUUUACGACUAUAUUGGGACAAGGAUCGUUUGGUCCUGUAUAUAAAGCGGUGAUGCCAGCUGGCGAAAUUGUUGCGGUAAAAGCUCUUGCUUCGGAUUCUAAACAAGGGGAAAAAGAGUUUCAAACUGAGGUAUCUCUUUUAGGAAGGCUGCAUCAUAGAAAUUUGGUGAAUCUAGUUGGAUAUUGUGUAGACAAAAGGCAACGAAUGUUAAUAUAUGAAUACAUGAGGAGCGGAAGCCUUGCAAGCUUUUUAUAUAAUGAAGAGAAAACCACCUUGAAUUGGGAAGAAAGGCUUCAAAUUGCUCUUGACAUAUCUCAUGGGAUAGAAUAUCUUCAUGAUGGGGCAGUUCCACCGGUCAUACAUCGAGACUUGAAGUCUGCUAACAUACUGCUAGACCACUUAAUGAGAGCAAAGGCAAGAUCUUAGAUCGCAUUCAUCGUAUUACUACUGUCAUUUGACUUUGAAAUAGAGUAUGAUGGAUAAAUGUUUUUUUUAACGAUAUAGGUUGCUGAUUUUGGCCUGUCGAAAGAAGAAGAGGUUUACGAUGACAAAAAAUCAUGCGUUAAAGGUACAUAUGGCUACAUUGAUCCUGUGUAUGCAUCCACAAAUAAGUUCACCAAAAAGAGUGACAUCUAUAGUUUUGGGAUUAUCCUGUUUGAACUCAUUACAGCCAUUCAUCCACAUCAAAAUCUUAUGGAAUAUGUCAAUCUAGCAGCCAUGAGUUCAGAUGGUGCCGAUGAAAUCCUCGACAAGAAACUAGCGGGAGAGUGUGAUCUCGAAGAAGUUAGAACGUUGGCUAGACUAGCUCAUAGAUGCUUGCAUAAAACACCCACAAAACGACCUACCAUUGGCGAGGCUUCACAGGCUAUAAAAAAGCUUAAGCAUAGGCGGCGUAUCACGAGAUCAGAGACCGCGUCUUUUGGAGGCCAAGAAUUUUCAGGGUUUCAUAGAGUUGCAACAGAAUCAGUUAAAACGUCAAUGAAACCUCACAAAUGACAACAUGAAGAAAGAAAUAUCGUCUUUUUUAUUCUUUCGGUUCAUUUUCUUCUGAUG